UUAUGAAUAUCAAAGAUAAGAAUGCCAACCGACAAUAGAUGAUAAAUCAUGAAAACAGUAUACAUAAAACGACAUAAAUAAUGAUACUAAUGAUUGUCAAUGCAGUGAAUAAUAUCUUAUAUUGAAGAUAAUAUCCAGUGGGAUAGUGUAGAAGCCACACAAGACUGAGAAGAUGGCCCUCGUUAGUAUGUCUCCAUGCACACCUGAGUAUGACCGGAAAGCUGAGCUCACAGCUUUUGACGAAACCAAAACUGGUGUCAAAGGACUUGUAGAUGCCGGAAUAACGGAGGUCCCUUGGAUGUUCCAUCUACCCUCACCUGAAAAUCUAAACUCCAAUCAACACUCACACUCAGAGCUUAGUCUUCCGACCAUCGAUCUGGAAGGAAUCAACGAAGAUCCGAUCCGGAGAAAAGAGGUGAUCGAGAAAGUGAGGGAUGCAUUCGAGACAUGGGGUUUCUUCCAGAUUGUGAAUCAUGGAAUUCCUGAUAGCAUGUUGGAGGAGAUGAAAAAAGGUGUUUUAGGGUUUUUUGAGCAGGAUAGUGAGGUGAAGAAACAGUGGUACACUAGGGAUCGUAGCGGGAAGCAUAAGUUCGUGCACCACAGCAACUUUGACUUGUUCACCGCAGCGGUGACUAACUGGCGAGACUCUUUCUUUUGCACCAUGGCUCCUGAUACUCCUCAACCAGACGAGUUGCCAUCGCCUUGCAGAGAUAUUUUAUUGGAGUACUCAAGACAAGUGAUUAGACUCGGAAGUUGUCUAUUGACAUUGAUGUCAGAGGCUCUAGGGCUCAACCCAAAUCAUCUUUUAGACAUAGGAUGUGGCGAUGGGCUUGCUGUCCUUGGCCAUUACUAUCCUCCUUGCCCACAACCAGAGUUAACCAUAGGCACCCCGGACCACACUGACAACGAUUUCAUCACGAUUCUUCUACAAGAUCAUGUUGGUGGCUUUAAGAUCUUGUAUCAAAACCAAUGGACCGAUGUUCAUCCUAUACAAGGAGCUCUUGUAGUGAAUGCUGGAGAUCUUUUACAGGCAUGCAUUUCUCUCUAUCUCAAGCUUAAUAUCGUCGCAAUAUUGCUAGUUACAAAUGACAAGUUUGUGAGUUCACGACACAAGGUGGUGGCAAACAAGGUUGGUCCAAGAGUAUCAGUGGCAUCGUUCUUUAUGAGUGAGACCUUGCAAGUUAUUGAACCAAUCAAGGAGUUGCUUUCGAAAGAUAAUCCAGCCAAGUAUAGAGGCACAACAGCGAAAGAAUAUGUGGAUUACUACAGAGCAAAAGGAAUUGAUGGCACUUCUCCUCUUUUGCAUUUUAAGAUCUAGAUCAAUUAAACAUCGAUUGUUGAUUUAGCAAUACAUGAUGAAUUUUUUAUUUUCUUGUUCGUCUUAUGUCAUGUAAUGUAAUCUAUCUAAAAGAUAUUUUCUUUGUUUUUGUGUGAUA